UCUGAGAUUAACCUCGGAGUCGAAGUGCUUCAAGCGGACAGUCGGCUUGCCCAUACGCAGCGACAGACCACCAUGGCUACCAACGCAAGGACGCUCGCUAGCUGCAUCUUCUGCAAGAUCGUCAAAGGAGAGAUCCCGAGCUUCAAGCUCAUCGAGACCGAGUCUGCGUUCUCCUUCCUCGACAUCAACCCGCUCGCGAAGGGGCACGCUCUCGUCAUUCCUAAGUAUCAUGCUGAAAAGCUGCAUGACGUCCCGGACGAGCACCUGAAGGACCUCAUGGUGAUCGCAAAGAAGAUCGCCGUUGCGCAGGGCUUCGUCGACUACAACAUCCUCCAGAACAACGGCCGCAUCGCACACCAAGAAGUCGACCAUGUUCAUUUCCACGUCAUCCCCAAGCCCAGCGCGACCGACACCGAAGGUCUCGUCAUCGGAUGGCCGCAACAGAAGCUCUCUAUGGACGAGCUCUCGAAGCUGCAUGAGGAAAUCAAGGGGAAGUUGUGAGUCAGUGGGAAAGCGCGAACACCUCAGACGAAGUAACGAAGUGCUAUAUCUGGAACGUGUAUGUAGGUUAAAUGGAGAUGGUCCCUCUGACAAGAGUGUUGUGGCCUGAGGAGACGAUAUGAGCCUGUUGGGCACCGCAUUGAGUACCUCGGAAACCCUUGCUUCACACAGAACAAGAUCCGUUGGCUCAGCCUUCAGUUCGAGGUCGUCGAGAUGCGGUGACGGAGAUUCGUGCGUACGUGCAUGCGGACCUCUCGAUGUGUCAUAUUUCAGCAGGAAAUGACUGGGACGUCAAUGACA